AUGUCCGUCUCGCGUCGAUUACAAAAGGAGCUGGCCGACAUCCAGGGCUCGGGCGCCAAGUCGUACGCGAACGUCGAGUACAGCGACAGCAAUCUGCUCCAUUGGACCGUCACCCUCCUCCCCGACAACGUGCCCUACUCCAAAGGCGCCUUCCGUGUCCAGCUCGACUUCCCCGCCGACUACCCGUUCAAGCCGCCGAAGCUCACCCUGCUGACCAAGAUCUACCACCCGAACAUUGACGAGCAGGGCCAGAUUUGCCUCGGCAUCGUCCACCCCGACAACUGGAAGCCGGCCACCCGUGCCGAGCAGGUGCUGAUGGCGUUGCUGCAGUUGAUCAACGACCCCGAACCCGACCACCCGCUUCGUGGAGACCUGGCCGAGGAAUUUACCAAGGACAAGAAGACGUUCAUCAAAAAUGCCGAGGAAUUCACGAAGAAGCACGCCGAGAAACGCCCCCAC